UGAUCAGCAAAAAGGCAAAAUCUUUUCUUACUUUUUAGUCCUUUCUUUAUUGUUGGUUUGAAUUUGUUUUCUUGCUUUCACUAUAGUUUCAACUUCAGAUAAAGACUAAAGAAAACUUGCUGUCUCCAUCUGUUUUUUUCUCUCUGAACCAAUUCUUGAUUGAAAGCAAAGCUCUUGGUUUCUAGUAAAGUGGGGAGAUUUUUUCAGGAAUCUUGAGGUGAAGGAUUGGAUUUUAAUUUUGUAUCUUUAGUAACUUCAUUUUGGUUCAAAUAGAUGUAAAGAUGAAAUCUUUGAGGUAAAAGAUUGGAUUUUUGUUGUGUCUUUAGUUUCUUGAUUUUGGUUCAAAAAUAGGUGCAAAGAUAAAAUCUUUAAGGUGAAAGAUUGGAUUUUUAUUUUGUGUCUUAGGUUUCUUGAUUUUGGUUCAAAUAGAUGUACAGAUGAAAUCUUUGAGGUGAAAGAUUGGAUUUUUAUUUGUGUCUUAGGUUUCUUGAUUUUGGUUCAAAUAGAUGUAAAGAUGAAAUCUUUAAGCUCAGUUGGACUUGCUUUAAGUGUAGUAUUUGGUUGUCUUUUGUUGGCUCUUAUUGCUGAGCUCUACUACUUGUUAUGGUGGAAAAAUAGGAUUCUUAAAACAAAUCUUGAAGAUGGUUAUAGCAAUAGUAGCAAAGCAAGAGAGUUUUGUUUUAUGUUUUGUGGGAAAUCCUCGAGAACCUCUUUGAACACAAAUGCCUUAAAAUCCCAAGAAAUUUGUUCAUCUGAUACACAAUUAGUUCAUGAACCAACACAACUUCAACUUCAAGUUGGGUUAAAUGUGGAUUCAAAUAGUGAUUUUUGGUUCAAACCCUUUGGAGAUGACACUAUGGAUAAUGAGUUUAUGGGGCUUUGUGGGCCACCAAGAUUUUUGUUCACUAUCAAAGAGGAAACUAAAGAGGACUUGGAGUCUGAAGAUGGAAAAUCCAAGAGUAGAAAAGGAUCAAGAACUAGGAGUUUGAGUGAUUUAUGUCUAAGUGUUGAAACUCCAUUUUUAACUCCACUUGCUUCACCUUCUUGUUUUACUCCGCCUUUAAGUCCUAUUGUUAUGCAAAAAAAUGGAUUCAAUUUCAACCCUUUUCUUGAAUCAGCAAGUGAUGCUGAGUUCAACAAGUUUAUAAGGUCUAAUUCUUCACCUCCACCAACAUUUCAAUUCUUGAAGGAUGCAGAGGAAAAGUUUUGUAGAAGAUUUGUUGUGGAGGAAAAUGAUCAUGUGUCAUUUCAAGUUGAUCAAAAUCUUGAAGUUUCUUCAAGUUCAAAGAUGUGUAAAGAUCAUGAGGAAAAUAGUGGUCCUUUCAUCACACUCAUUUUUCCCAAGAGCAGAGAGGUACAACCUGAACAGCAUCAUGUACAACACUCAUCAAACUCUUCACAAGUACUACCGUUAUCUUCUCCACCUCCAAUCUUAAAGUUACCAAUCCAACAGGUGAACCAACAAGAGUAAAUUUUGUUUCAUGCCCCUCACCCCCUACCCCCAACCAUCCAUUUGAUUGUAUUAAAAAAAUGACUCAUUUUUCUUUGUUUUAUUAGUGUAUGAGUUUUAAAGCCUUUAUUUUGCUUGCAUCAUCUUGGUGAUUUUGGAGGUGAAGUUAAUGACUAAAAUCCUAAUGCCAAAAA